CACUGCCUCUCCUUUCAAGAGAAGACUCGACAUAGCUUUUUUUUUUUCACCGCUGCGUCCAGAUUCAGUCGCUUACUGUGUUGUCGAAAUGCGGUUCCUCUGUCUACAUGGUGCCAGCACAAGCGGGGAAAUCUUCGAGAUUCAAGCUGGCGGUCUCGUCCAAGCCCUCGAAUCCCAAGGUCACGAAUUCCACUUCAUAAACGGCCGUCUCAACUCUGACUGCGAACCUGAACUGAAAGGCAUUGUCCCUCCCCCCUUCUACAGUCACUACCCGAGGGACGUAUGCCCAGGCACAGACCUUGCCGCCGCAAUCCAGUACACCUUGCGUACAAUGGAGCGGGAGGGUCCCUUUGACGCGGUGAUGGGGUUUUCGCAGGGCGCAGCGCUUGCGUACUCACUGCUUGAUCAUCAUGUUCACACGAAAGGUCCGGACGCGCCGCCACUGUUUAAGGCCGCAGUGUUUAUAUGUGCGGGGAUACCGUAUGAGUUGGAUGGGAAGGGGCCUGUUAGCCUACCAGAGGGUGAGUAUAGGGUUAGGAUUCCGACGGCGCAUUUUGUGGGCAGGCAAGAUCCGUUAUAUGAGCAGGGGUUGAAACUGUUCGGGCUUUGCGAGCCGGGGAAGGCGGAAGUUUAUGAUCAUGGAGGGAAGCACAUGAUUCCAUUUGAUGCGGGGAAUAAUGAUAGGAUGGUGGAGAUCAUAAAGAGGGCUAUAGAGAGGGCCGGGAAGGAAUAA